AUGAACUCUCUUCAGCAAGUGGAUGAAAUUGUGAAAGAAUAUUUAUUAGUAGAUAAAAUCAUCGAUGAAUUAUUAGGAGCUAUAGCUAAUGGAGAUAUUCAUACUUUAAUCGAUUAUUUUCAAUACCUUGAUUUACGAUUCUUUUCUCGUUUGGAUAAUCGAUUUCAAACAUUACCUUAUAUUAGGAAUCCUUCUAAUGAUCCAACAUUUGAAAUAUUCUUUACAAAGCAAUGGGUUGAUAACUAUACCAUCUCUCUACAUAACUUUUUAGCAACAACCUUUCAAAAUAUGCCCUUGCCAACCUUAUUAACAUUCAAUAUUGACCGUAUUCAACGUAAAACACAACAAACGGAAAUUGAAGCUUUGAAAAAUACAAUAGAAAAUCAAAAGGCACUACUAGAAGCACGUGAAAAUGACAUUGCCAAGUUAAAACAUGAAGUAGUAGAGACAAGGAAAGAAAUGACAGACGGCAUCUCAUUAAUGCGUAACAGGAAAAGAACGAUACAAGAUAAUCAGAAGAAUCCAAUAGUAAACAAUCCUAAAAUGAUAUCUUCUCCUAACAAUGAUGCUAUUACUUCCAUGGAAGAUGAAGAACCAUUUCUGAUUAUAAGUCAUGAAGAAUUUGCCGAACAUGCAUCAGCUAUUACUUGUGCCAAAUUCUCUACUCAAGGGGAUUUGAUUGCAAGUUGUGAUAUGGAUAAUAUUGUUCGAAUUUGGAACUAUAAAGAUUCAUCAUUGAAUCCCUUGAGAAUAAAGAAUAAUUCAUCCAAUCUAUUAUCUUUAGAAUGGGAUGCAAAAUCAGAUAGAUUCUAUAGGAUUAAUCAGCUAUCAUCAAGUCCAGUAGAACCUAUCUUUAUAUGUGCGAGUUCGAGUAAUAAAAUGCAUUCAGACAAGAAUAAUGCUAAAGGUGCCCUUGUUGUUUGGAGUAUGAAAACGAGUUCAGCUUGUGUAAUGAUAGAAAUAAAAAAAAAGAAAAAGAAAAAGAAAUUAGACACAGUAAAUGAAACUGAUUAA